UCCAACCUCAAAUUUUAGGGUUUUACAAGCGCUUUCCUCAAUUCUCCGAUCACCAUGUCUCCAGUUUCCGGCUGCCACGCGCUGUCGGAGCUAACGGCGGAAGGUAUCUCCGCCUCCGGAUUAACAUCGGAAAAACUAAGCCUUCCAAUUCUCCAAUCAAAAAUGAAAUGCGAUCCGGAAGGCUAUUUAUCUGAGCUAAAACUAGUGUACAAACAAUUCAAAUCCUCCGUCGACCUCUUGGAACAACAAGCAGCGUUGAAUUUCACUUCGCUUAGCGGUGUAUCAACUGAUCCAACUGUGUCAAAGGAUUUAGGUGAUAGAGCGAUGUUUUUAGCACAUGUAACUCCUUUUUAUACGAAAGAGCUUGAAAAGUUUCCUAAUGAGUUGGCGAAUUUGUUGAAUUCUUCGGCGAGGAGUUUGCCUUCUGGUUUACGUGUUCAUGUUACUCAAGCUUUGAUUUUGCUCAUUAAUCGGAAGAUUGUUGACAUUGGGGAAACACUUGCAUUGUUCAUGGAGCUCCAAACUCUGGGGGAUAGGGUUUUGAGAAAAUUGGCUUUCUCACAUGUUAUCCAUAGUAUUAGACAUAUGAAUCAGAAGCACAAGAAUGAUAAGAAGAAUCGGGCACUUCAAAAUGUUUUGUUUGCCUUGCUGCAGCAAGAGGAUGAAGCAAAAGCAAAAAGAUCGCUCAUCACACUUUGUGAACUUCAUCGAAGAAAGGUGUGGUUUGAUGAUAGAACAGCAAAUGCUAUAUGCUCGGCAUGCUUUCAUUCAUCAUCAAGGAUUAUGAUUGCCUCUGUAUCCUUUCUUCUUGAUUACGAGAAAAUUGAAGAUGAUUCUGAUAGUGAUAUGUCAGACAGUGAAGAUGAGCAGCCAGCCAGCCAGCCUCAGGUUGUGCUAAAUAAAGAAGCUAUUUAUAAGGCAAAUAAUAAGGGUACAUCGUCCAGCAAAAAGAAAAAGCAAGCAAAGUUGCAGCGUGCCGUUCGCAGCAUGAAGAAGCAGCAGCGCAUGCAAUCCGAAAAUAACAACAGUAGUUAUUAUUCCCCAUUAAACCACUUAAAGGAUGCUCAGGGAUUUGCUGAAAAGCUGUUCUCACGUCUUCAAACUUGCAACGAGAGGUUUGAGGUUAAGAUGAUGAUGCUGAAAGUAAUUGCCCGCACAGUUGGGCUUCAUCACUUGAUUUUGUUGAACUUCUAUCCUUACCUUCAGAGAUAUGUUCAGCCCCAUCAGCGUGAUGUGACAAAUUUGCUUGCUGCAGCGGUCCAAGCAUGUCAUGAUAUGGUGCCUCCUGAUGCAGUUGAACCAUUGUUUAAACAAGUAGUUAAUCAGUUUGUGCAUGAUCGUUCAAGGCCUGAGGCCAUAUCUGUUGGACUCAACGUAAUCCGAGAAAUAUGCUUACGCAUGCCUUUGUUGAUGACAGAAGAUUUGCUACAAGACCUUGUGUUGUAUAGAAAAUCGAAUGAGAAGGCAGUUUCUGCAGCAGCUCGAUCACUUCUGACUUUGUUCAGAGAGGUUUGCCCUUCACUUCUAGUUAAGAAGGACAGAGGGCGCCCUACAAACCCAAAAGCAAGGCCCAAGGAAUUUGGUGAGGUUAGUGUUGCCAGCAGUGUUCCUGGCAUUGAGUUGCUGGAUCAGGAUGAUGAUGAUAGUGAUGAUGAUGUAGAGGAGGGGUCUAUUGGCUUGUCUGACCAUGAUGAUCGAAGUGAUGAAAAUGUUGACCCUGGCGAAGAGGAUGUCAACUGUGAAAACGAUGAAGAUAAUGCUUCUGACGAUGAAUCCGGUGCUGAUCAUCAAAGUUAUGAUGAAUGCGAUAGUGACGAAGAUAAUAAAUCACAAGUUGCUGAAGAGUUUUCAGAAGACGAUGCAAUUGAUAGUGCUGAUGCCACUGAUGAUGAUGAGAGUGAUGGCGAUGAAGAGGAUAUUGAUGGUAGUAAAAUGCAGGAUAAUAAUAGCUCGGCUUCUGAAGGGGAUGAUGUGGACGAAAAGGAAUCUCAAGGAAUAAAAAGGAAAAUAUCUGAUAUUGAUGUAAAUGCUGCCAGUAAUAGCCUUCGUGCUUUAAAGAAAUUAGCAGGGGCAAAAAUGGAAAAUAACUCCUUGAAUAUGGAGGAUGGUAUUCUAUCUAAUGAGGACUUCAAAAGAAUCAAAGAACUCAAGGCCAAAAAGGAUGCACGGAACGUUUUAGCACAGCAUGGAUUUAAGCUUCCUAGCUCAGACCAGCUUAGCACUAAAAGAGUUGAUGCUGCUAAACUUGAGGUUAACAUACGGAAGAAGCUUAGCAAGGAAGAGAGACUGGCGAUUAUCCGGGCUGGCAGAGAAGAUAGAGGGAGAUACCAGGCUAAAACUGCUCUGAAGAAGAAAAAGACGGGUGGUUCCAGCAAUCAGCAAAAAGAACACAAAAAGUUCAUGCCAAUAGCAGCAAAGAGAUCCAAGUUAGCAAGAUCUAAGAUAGAGAAAAAGAGGAAGCAGCAGCGCGCUGGCAAACAAUUUCGAGGGAGAAAAGCUUGGAAGUAAAGUGAGACUUUGGCCAAGUAUCCUACGAAGAAACUCCGGGGAAGUGGUUGCGUAUCCUCUCUUUGGCACUCAUCCUUGGCUCGGGGAGCAAUCUUUCUCUGAGGGUUCAGUGAAGCAAAGAUGAGAGUAAGAGCAACCAGAUAUAACAAUAUAGCAAGGAAACAGUGUAUCAUAUCAGAAGUAGAAUAAUUACAUGUUACAUGACUCGGAAUACACGUGCCGAAGAACUAGUAUAUAAAGAAAAGGAAGCUCCAAAAGGAGAAACCCUAAGCUUUCAAAUCAAAGCAAUAGAGAAGAGGAAGCUGUAAAGAUGACUCGAAAGGCAAAUCGUAUCCAAGGGAAAAGAGCUACGAAGCAUUUUGAGGAAAAAAUUAAGAUGGAUGUUGAUGGUGCUAGGGGAAUCUACUUCAAUGAAGAAAUAGUUGUGGACAUCCUCAGCAGGCUAUCUGUGCGGUCUCUUCUUCGAUUCAAAUGUGUUUCGAAGUUUUGGAUGGCAUUGAUCUCCGAGCCUUGCUUUACGCUGAAGCAUCUCAAGCUUUCCAAGAAUAACCAAAAUUCCCCAAAAAUUCUUUUUCUUAAGAACAUGUUUUCCUUGCAUUUUUCCUCUUUAACACCAGCUUCUUUGUCGUCGACUCAAUUUACUGAGAAUGUACAAAAACUUGAUUGGCUUUAUGGCGGUAAACCAUGGAGUUGCAAGAUAUAUUGUUGCUACGAUGGCUUGGUUCUUGUGGGGGUUCGUAGAUAUGAUAAUACUAACCAUCUCAUACUUUUUCUAUGGAACCCUUCCACAAGAGAAUCGGUAGUACUUCCUAGUACAGAAUUUUUACCGCAAGAAGAUUAUACUUGCGGAUUGGGAUAUGACUCAACUAGUGGUGACUAUAUGAUCCUUAAGAUCAGUUACCAAUCAUGCAGUGAAAUUCUUGCAUUGAAAAGUGGUAUGUGGAGAAUAAUUGGUAAGCCUACUGGCAUUUACUCCUCGUGGUUGUCUGAUAUGGACUCUUUGGCUUUUGUACAUGGAGCAUUUCAUUGGCUUGGUUUGUCGCGGAAUGAUUCUGUGACUUCAUAUGAUAUUACAAAUGAGGUAUUCAAAGAAAUACCAUUGCUAGAUGGAAUGUUUGUGGUUCCCGACAUGAAAUACGUCAAACAUGGCCUUUCUGUUUUGGGAGAAAUGAUUUGUAUUUGUUCUACUCAUCGUGAUCAGUGGAAGUACAUUUUCAACGUAUGGAUAAUGAAAGACUAUGGUGUGAAGGAAUCUUGGAAUCGAUUUUUCACUAUACAAAGUGCUGAUCUUUAUUCUUUGGUACCAGAAUACAGGUUUUCAGAUGGUGAAGUGUUACUCCGUUGCAAGCAUUUUGACCGUUGUGGUUAUCUUUUUAAUACAACCAAAGAAUCAUCUGGUUUUUGGCCUCAAUAUCGUUCAGAAUGUAUUCAGAAUGGAUUUGUUUAUACAGAAAGCUUGAUCUCUCCAAAAUUACUUACAUAGUAUUUACUCAUUUACGAUCAAGACAACAUUUUUUCGAGGAAUCGCAGAACUGGCAGUGGUCAUACAACUUCACGUACGUGCUUAAGCUGCUCGACCUGUUGGGAACAUACAUUAGGAUGUCAAACUGGGCAAUUUACAGAGUUGUAACAAGUUAGAUUUUGUUAUUUUUCAGGGAUUAACCUUGCGUUGCGUAUGACUUUCUUCAAAAACAAAAAGUGGUUGUAUGAACUAUCUGCCUUGUUGAACUGAUCACAUUAUAUCAGUUUCAUUGUGUUUUUAUUAUUUAGAUGCCAUGCUGAAGCACAUUAAUGAUCUGCUUUGCAUCCUUUUCGAAA